UUUCUACUUUGGUAUUCCCAUUAGUCCAAUAUUUGAAGAUUUCAUCACUCAUCUCUCUUCAUUUCUUCCUCUUUUUGCAUACUUUCUUGACUAUCAAUUACAACUACAAAACCAUGAAUAAUGGAUACAGAGCAGAAGACAAUUCUUUCUGUUAUUUCCAUCCAAAAGAAGUUAUUAUUGGCGUUUGUCAUUUAUGUCUGCAUGAACGCCUUGUCAUAAUAGCUGCAAAGCAACCAUCAUCAGGAACAGCACUCAAUCAUCUGAAGACUCCCAUCAACAUUCCUAAGAUCUUUGCUUUGGGUUCUCUUCUAAAUCGACUCGAAUUUCGGCAUUGGAAGCUUUCUGAUCAUAAUUCUCAUAAUAAAUCUGAUGAUGUUUCUACUAGUCCAGAAGAAGAUUCUUUUAUAUCAAUCAAGUUUGAAGACAAUGGAGCUGCAUUAUGGGAAAAGGGCAAUAAUAUUAAUAAUGUUUACCACCAAAAUAAUCAAAAUCAUAUGAAUUACAAACAAGCAAAACAAGACAACAACAACAAGGAGACAUUGAGUGUGAUAGAGCAUGCAAAACCCAGUGCCACUGCGCUUCGGUGGCGAAAGCGGAUAGGUCAUUUAUUCCAAGUCAUCAAAUUGAAGAGGUUUAACAAAGGAUCAAACAUGUGCCACGUAGGAACCAAAGUUGAGGGAGUCAAGGUUAUGAGGAAGAAGGGAUGGAUAAGAAGUCUGACAAAGAGAAGAAGCUGAGAAAAUCUCAAUAGAAAAGGACAUUUACCAUUUCUCGGGUAUUAUAUUUUCGCAGUCAUUAAAUUUUUAUUUUAUUUUAUAUAAAAUUUCAAUUAUUUUAUUUAAGUAUUAAAUUUCAAAAUUAUAAGUAACCAAAAGUUUUAUAGUCAUUUUAUUUCAAACUAGAUCUAUAUGGCAAUCGAGUUUUAUCAUAUUAUAUUUUCUCUUAUAUCGAUAAUAGGUAAACUUCGUUUUAUCUUAUGUUGGUGUAGGAAGAAUUUUUUAUUGCUUCAUAAAGUAAUAAAAUUCGGUUGCUAUAUAGACUCAAAUUGCUUUAAAAUCACAAACAAACUUUCAAUUGCUUUUAAUUUUAAAAUCAGUAUUUAAAGAAAAUAAAUUAAAAUUUUAUGAUUAAAAUAAAAUAAAAAAUUUAACAAUCACAAAAUUUAAUACCUUCCAUUACUCUUUGUUGGAUUUUUUGUUUAGGUUCAAUAUUAUGGACUGUAAAGUUGUAUAUUAUUGAGUCAAAACUUUAAUAUUAUCAUCACUAGCUAGCUCCCACCAACAAAAGAGAUAUAUCCUUUUGAUUUUCUUUUCCCCAAUUUUAUUUUUCUGUGCAUAAACAGUACAGUCUGUAAUUUUGUAUUUUGGUACAUAAAUAUAAAAUAAUGUGUUGAUUGUUCUUGAA